AUGGACUCUAAAACAAUGGAAGUGGCUGCUCUGGAUCGACCUUUCACCUUAGGGAUGCUCUAUGAUGCCCGGAGUGAUAAACUCAUCCCAGGUGUCACACUGUGGGAUGCUCAAACACUGCAGGAGAAGUCGAAGGAGCAUAAUCAGCAUAGCAGUGAGUUUGAAGUCAGUGCAACUGAUUCCAUUGAAAAAAAGUUGUUACUGCUGGAUGUUGAUGCUUCUUUGAAGACCAGUUUCUUUAGUGGACUCUUUGAAGUCGGAGGAUCAGCCAAGUAUCUGAAUGAUAAGAAGAAAUCUCACAAACAAAGUCGAGUCACCCUUCAGUACAAAGCCACCACCAAAUUUAAGCAGCUGAGUUUGACUCCUGAUAAAACCAAGAAAACUGAACAAGCAGAAAAUGUUAAGAAUUUUGCAACUCACGUAGUCACAGGAAUCCUUUAUGGAGCAAAUGCUUUCUUUGUGUUUGACAGUGAAACGUCAGAUGCUGGCAGCAUUCAGGACAUCAAAGAAACCAUGCAAACUCUGAUAAAGAAGAUCCCGUCAUUUAAUGUUGAUGGAAAAGUUGACAUUAAGCUGAGUGAUGAAGAAAAAGCUGCAACUGAUAAAUUCACCUGCAAAUUCUAUGGAGACUUCAUUCUUGAAAGCAACCCUGCAACAUUUGAAGAUGCAGUGAAGACAUAUAGCCAACUUCCAAAACUACUGGGAGAAAACAGAGAAAACUGUGUUCCACUGAAGGUCACACUGAUGCCUCUGAAGCAUUUACAUCUACAAGCUGCUGAGAUGAAGACAGAGAUCAACACUGAGGUUGUAAGAAAGGCUCAAAAUGCUCUGAACGACCUCUUUAAUCUGGAAAUAAGAUGCAAUGAUCUGCUCGAGGAUAGAGUGGUGAGAAGCUUUCCACAGAUACAAGACAAGCUGAUCAGAUUCAAGAAGCUGUGCCAGUAUUUCAGAUCUUCACUCCAGGAAACAAUGGCUGAGAAACUUCCCUCCAUCAGGGCAGGUAAGGAAGAUGAGAAGGAAUUAGUGAAAGUGUUUGAUGACAGAGACAAGUCACCGUUCAGUCAGGAGAAAUUAACCAAGUGGAUCGAAAAUGAAGAGAGAGAGGUCAUCAUCAUCAGUUACUUUGUAGACAUGAUGGAGGGAACAAAGAUUAUCUCAGAUCAGUCUGAGCUGGACAGAGAGGUGUUUAAUCCACGAAUAGAGCCCAUUCUCUGCUUUGUUUUUACCUCCCUGAAAUCCACUGACCUAUAUCUGCAGUAUAUGUCUGAUUACUUGGAUAAAAGGACACUGGAAGAUACUGAUGGCAACACUCCACCUACACAGGACCAGUGGUACUUCUCAAAUGAAGUUAGAGCCAAAAUGAAAAAAAAGGCAGAAGCUGUGAAGAACUGCAGCAAACUGUUUAUAACAGCCAUUGAAAAUGAGAAAUACGAAGGAGCAACUAUCUACUACUACGGGAACACAAACCUCGUCACUGAUGAUUUCUCAUGUUUCAUUGAUGACACUGAUGUGGAAAAGGUGACAAACAGAGCAGUGCUGAUGAUUUAUGCAUGUAACCUCACCCUGGAUGCAAACACAGCACAACAUGAACUCUUUGUCUCUGAAGAAAACAAGCAGGUGACAUAUGUAGCGGGUCAUAAAAAUCCUAACCUUCCUCAAGAAAGUAAUGGCUUGACUCAGGUUCUGUGCAUAGAGGCUCUGAAAAGGCAGUGUUACUGGGAGGUGGACUGCUAUAUUGUUAUUGGUGAAGUUUCUGUGGGUGUUUGCUACAAACAACUUCAACAGGAGCAAGAUCAGCAGCUUGGAAACAACAAAAAGUCCUGGUGUAUUUCUCUUAAAAAUGAUGGCAGUAAAAUACAUGUCAGUGCAAAACAUAAUAAAAACGAGUUGGAACUUCAAACCAUUCAUCCAGCCAGACUGGGAGUGUUUCUGAACUGGCCUGCUGGUACACUGUCCUACUAUGAAGUCUCAGCUGAAAAACUGAAUCACAUUCACACCUUCAAAACCAAAUUCUAUGAGCCCGUUUAUCCAGCAUUCUACAUCUAUAAUUGCACACCUUGUUUAGAUCCAGUAGUUCAGCUGAUGUUCUAA